CCCGCCUUCCCUGCUCCCCGCCUUCCCUGCUCCCUCCCUCUCCGCAUCCCCGCAUUUGCGCUGCUGACGCCUUAAGCCAAGAGCUUGCGAAAUCGCCGGGGAAGCCUAGUAGGCGCUUAGUAACCACGCCCAAUCCUUUCUGGUCCUGCCCCUUCCGCUCCCUGGGGCGGGACUAGAGCUAUUUCCGCCCUGAGCCCGGAAGCGGUGUGGAGAGCGAGGUGAGGGGUGUGCCUCUGGUAUCCAACCCUUACCCGGCUCUGCCAGGAUCCUGAGACCCCUACCCAUCCCCAGAUCCCAUCUCCAGCUGCAAAUCACUGCAGAUUCAAACCCAGGACCGGACCAGGUUUGCCUGCCGUUCUGUCGCCUCCUGGGACAGAUCAGGGUCCAGGCGAGGGUUUUGCGCGACCUUGCCUCUUCCUUCCCACCCGUCCUCCCGGCUCCUUCGCCGCUCCAGCCAUGGCACAGAAACCCAAGGUAGACCCCCACGUCGGGCGGCUAGGGUACCUGCAGGCGCUGGUCAAUGAGUUCCAGGAGACCGAGAGCCAAGAUGCCAAGGAACAAGUCCUCGCCAACCUCGCCAACUUCGCCUAUGACCCGGGCAACUACGAGUAUCUGCGGCAGCUGCAAGUCCUAGACCUAUUCCUCGAUUCGCUGUCAGAAGAGAACGAAACGCUAGUGAAAUUUGCUAUUGGGGGCCUCUGCAACCUGUCCCCGGACAAGGCCAACAAGGAGCACAUUCUGCAGGCUGGAGGCAUCCCGCUCAUCACCAACUGCCUGUCCAGUCCCAACGAGGAGACAGUGUUAUCUGCAGUCACUACACUCAUGUACCUAAGCUCACCCGGCACGGGCUCCCAUCCCGAGCUCACCUCCUUGCCCGUGGUCCAGUGCAUGCUGCGUUUUUCUCUCUCAGCCAACAUACGGCUCCGGAACCUGGCCCAGAUCUUCCUGGAGGACUUCUGCUCCCCAAGCCAGGUGGCUGAGGCGCAGAGCCAACAGGCCCAUUCGGCCCUGGGUAUCCCACUGCCAAAGAGCGAGGCCCCACAGCAGCCCUGAUCCAAGAAGACCCCGGGGCUCUGCCACUGUCUGCCCGAGACCAGUCCUUGUAUAGGAAGCAGAGACCAAUAGCCGUCCAUCCUGCCCACGUGAUGCCUGUUCGGCUGUAUGAGAGGUAGCAUCUCUGAGCAUGACGGGUGUUUAUGCUAGGAAAACCAGUAGGGAGGAAUGAAGGAGCCAGACCUGAGAUGCUUAGAGGAGAGAAACAGCUGGUGUGACUCUCAUGGGCUGGUGCUCCCAACAGUGCCGACAGAAGACCAGCUCGGUGCCCCAGGCCCAGCCAACACGCUCCUAUAAAAGCUUUGCACAGUGGUGCUCAAGAAGAGCUGCUAGAACCAGGACUCGGGAGAGUGGCCGGUAGCACGAGUGCCCAGAGGAACUUUGAUGGCUAGAGAUCAGCUGGCCUUAUCCGCUGGGAGGGUGCUGUGGGGUAACCCCUCCAGUACUGAGGCUGGGCAUUUGGGCACAGUAGACAGUGACUUGGGUAGCUCUGCAGCCCAGAAACAACUGUCCACACAGCCCUGCCUUCUGCUAAGCACCAAGUGGGGAACACAGAUGAGGUCUCUGCCCUUGGGUGUCACACCUCAGUGACUGUUAACCAUGUGGCCAUAGGGCAUUAGGAGCAAGGCCCUCUAGGAGUUAAGAGCAGAGUAAAGACAGGACAGCAAAGUGUCCCUUUAGAGAGGCCCUACAUAGGGUCCUGGGACACAGAUGGAAAGACAGUGACUUCAGCUCCUUUUGUACCAGGUUGCGGACCCCUUGUGUACCAACUGCCAACUGAGGCAUCCCUGUCCCUUCAAAAACGCUGCUCUGCCCCCUCUGCAUGUGACCGGAUCUUCUGACGCUGGAGUGGGAGCCCUGCAUAU